AUCUAUGCAUUUGGGCGUUGGACUCUGCAUGUUAUUAGCGCUCAGGGAGAUUUCUCCAUUUUCCCCCCUUGUCGAAAAGCAAAAGCUACAAAUCUACUAUCUUUUUAUUACCAUUGCAACGUGGCCUUUUUCGCCCUUUUUUUUCGUGCUGCUCUGCAUAAGGUUUGAUUGCAGAGAACUUAAAAGUUUUUUUUGUAGGGGUGUGAUCCGGCUUUUUUUCCCCCUCCACUCCUCCUUCUGUCUGUCCGUCCCCGUGUGUGUGUGUGUAGCAUUGAAAAGCCAGGCGUCUUUGUUCGCUUUCUUUCUUUCGCUGGCUGGGAGUUUCUUUGUUGUACAAGCAUGGGAGCCCAAUUCUCCAAGAACGCUGCAAAUCGCGAAACUGUGGCUGAAAAAGCCGGGGAAGCUGCUGCCGGAUCGCCUUCUAAAACCAACGGACAGGAGAACGGCCAUGUGAAGGUGAACGGAGACGCCUCCCCGGCGGCCACCGCCGCCGCCUCCUCCGCCUCCGAGGAGCCCAUCGAGAAGGAGGAGGUGCAGGCCAAUGGAGCCACCCCGGCCGAGGAGAACAAGGGGCAGCAGCCGCAGGAGGAGGGGGCAGAGGCGGCGGCUGGAGAGGCGGCCGGCGGCGGCGGCAGCAGCAGCACCACCCCGGCCGCCAAGCCCCAGGAGAUGAGCGGGGAGGGGGCGGCGGCGGCCGAGGGCGGCGGCAGCACCACCACCACCCCGGCGGAGGGCGAGGCGCCGGGUAAAGCCGAGGAAGGGGCGGCGGCGGCGGCCGCCAGCCCGACCAACAGCGAAACCCCGAAGAAGAAGAAGAAGCGCUUCUCGUUCAAGAAGUCCUUCAAGCUGAGUGGCUUCUCGUUUAAGAAAGCCAAGAAGGAAGCCGGCGAGAGCGGCGAAGGUGAGGCGGCGGCUGCUGCUGCUACAGCCGCAGCCCCGGCCGAAGCCGACAAAGAGCAAGGUGCGGCCGCGGAAGCCGGCAACGCCGAGGAGAGCAAGUCCGCCCCGGCUGCUGAUGCCGCCGCCGCCUCCACUCCCGCGGCGCCAGCCGAAGCCAAGAAAGAGGAGAGCGCUUCCUCGCCAGAGGCUCAACCCGAGGAGAAGGCUCCCGAAAGGGUGGACCUACAGGAAGUCAAAGCUCCGGAGGAGCCCAAGGCCAGCGAAGAGAAACCUACGGCAGAGGCAGCCUCGUCUAACCCAGCCCCCACUGCUGAAGCAUCUACAGGCGAGCAAGAAGCAGCAGCAGCGGCGGCGGCGGCACCACCAGCAGCAGUAGCAGCCCCAGAGCCAGCAGCACCAGAGCCAGCUGUGCCACAGGAGGCACCAUCCGAGUCCAGUCCAGCACCAGCUACCGAGUCGGCAGAGCAAAACCAAUAAGAGCCCAAAACUGGAGUGAUAAUCAAAUGGACCUUUUUUCCAUGUUUGUUUGUUGGAGUGGUGCCAGGUACUGGUUUGGAGAACUGUCUGACCAGGGAUUUUAAAGGCUUUUGUUUUAAUUUUUAAAAAUCCCAGCGCAUUCAUUCUGUUACCACCAUUCCAACAGGCAGAGAUGAGCCCCAAACCUCGCUCUGCCAAUUUUUUUUUGCAUCAGUAUUACUGUUUUUGCAUAUUUUGCAUUUUAUACAAGUUUAAUUUUUUUUGGUCAAUAUAUGGACACGUCCAAUGGUGUGGAUAAUCUGGGUGGGUAAAUCCUGGGUGAAAUGUAAAUGAAGUAAUAUUAAAACCACAAUGCAGCGGUGUAGUUGCCAAGCAAAUGUGCCACAAACUAAUGAUGUAAAGGAUUAGUCUUUUAAACAAAAAUCACAUCUUAUGAAAGUUAUACCAUACAGUUUACAACACUAAAUCUAAUACAAGAAAACAAGGAAAUCGGUAUCAAAAUCAAUAGUUUUAGUAAUACAUUUAAAUCAUAGAAACUUUUCACUUAUCUCAUUUUUAGCUGUACAAGUCAACGUGAUAAGUAGAAGAAGAAAAGUUGUAUAGGCGUUAUUGUUUAUUGCUGGUUCAUGACCUUAAAAGUGUAAUUAUGUAUUACAGCAGGGUGUUUUUAACUGUGAUUAUGUAUAAAUGAAAACUUAAUAUCAAGAAGCACAUGAAGUUUGCAACUCUUCACCCUGCCCAUUUUGUAAAAUUGCAGUCAUCUUGGAAGAUCUUUUAAAAACAAUUUUAAAUGAAAAGCUGUGAUAAGUGGAAUGGUUGCUGUUUAUAUACUGUUGUAUGUUUGGUUACAGCAGUCAAUGCUUUUUUUUCAGUCGUCUUUGACAAUUGGGAAAACUCUUCAGAUGCAAUGCGUUUUGUGUAGCAUCUUGUCUAUCAUGGUUUUUUGUAAAUACUGGAGAAGCUUUGACCAAUUUGACUUAGAAAUGGAAUGUAACUUUGCUUACAAAAUUGCUAUUAAACUUCUCUGCUUAAGGUGUUCUAAUUUUCCGUGAGCACACUAAAAGCAAAAAUAAAUGUGAAUAAAGUUUCAA